GAGAACAUCAAUCUGUGAGCGACUCCUGGACCAUGAACAAAGCCACGCAGGUACGCACAGAUGGCAACUCCCUGUUAAAGGCCGUCUACCUGAGCAGACUGCGGCUCACCAGGCUGCUGUUGGAAGGCGGGGCUUACAUUAACGAGAGCAAUGAUCGAGGAGAGACUCCGCUAAUGAUCGCUUGCAAGACGCAGCACGUGGACCAACAGAGCAUUGGCAGGGCGAAAAUGGUGAGAUACCUGUUGGAAAACCACGCCGAUCCCAAUAUCCAAGACAAGUCGGGGAAGACUGCACUGAUGCACGCGUGCGUGGAGCGGGCUGGCGUCGAGGUCGUCGCUUUGUUGCUGAGCAGCGGGGCUGACCCGAGUCUGGAAGACCACGCGGGUAGCUCCGCCCUGGUUUACACCGUCAACUCUGAUGACAAGGAAACCCUUCAGAUUCUCCUGGAUGCUUGCAAGGCAAGAGGAAAGGAAGUCAUCAUCAUCACGAAGGACAAGUCGCCCUCUGGGAGGCAGAUUACCAAGCAGUAUCUAAAUGUACCUCCUCCUAAAGACAAUGAAGAUCAAAACUCACCGGCCCCUUGCACCUCACCCUCAGAAAUUGAGCUUAAAACAUCAUCGCCUGUCCUCACGCAGGGCGUAGUCAAGGAGAAGCAUGUUUUCUCUUUCAGAGACCCAGUUAAUCUCGUCAAUGAUAAAGGUUCAUCAGAACCAACUUCUCCCACCAGGAACUGCAGCCCAUCGCGAUCAAGAGCCAAAUUAUCUCACCUGCAAAGGUUGCACUCCGAACCUUGGCUGACCAUUCCUCCUUCACUCUUAUCUCAGCAUAAAACAUCUUCCUUUCAAGAGGAAGUGCGUAACCUGACCAUGGAAGAAGGACUUUCUCUCAAAAUCAAUGGUCUAUCUCUACCUAAGCGACUCUUCACCAGACACCAAAGCAUUGAAGUGAAAGACACUGCAGCUUUAUUAAGGUCCUUGGAUCAAGCCACUGCUUUAACUGCCUCACGGAAGUUCUGUGAAGAAAUCCACUCUGGGUCUCUUCCCUCCAGUCUAUGUCGCUGCAACACAAUUCCUGUGGACCAGGAUCCAGAAGCAUUACCGUCAAUUUCUGUUUCGAGUUUACGGAGCAUUGUCCAGAAGAGGAACAUGGGCGUCGAUCAUUAUAGUUCCGACUCGCAGCUCACAAUCAGUUUAAAACAAACGCCGACUGACGAAGGCAAAGGUUUCCUGGAGAGGAAGAAAAUGGUCUCUUCCCCUUUAUCAGCGGCGAGCAGUUCCAGAAAUUCACUGGACAAUCUGCGGAUCGGUUCACUGAGCGCUGGCGGGAAGAGGCACCCCGGCAUCAUGGAGAGGCGAGGAUCUGGGACAUUGCUCCUGGACCACAUUUCACAAACCAGACCUGGCUACCUCCCGCCUUUGAACGUCAACUCCCACCGUCCCGUUCCUGACAUUGGGCCCAACAACACCAAUUCCCCGGCUGCAAAGCCUCUAAUACCAGCAGCUCCCAACAGUCAAAAGCCAACAGACGUAAAAUGUAAAAAGAUUCUGUUGAGGAGACACUCUGUUCAGGUCGAACAAAUGAAGCAGUUGGGAAAUUUUGAGGAGAUUUUUGGAUAGCGGUGGCUUUCUCCAUGGAAAGGCCA